AUGUUCAUCCGAAAACAGAUCUACCGAGUCGGUGUUCCAUUGAUUUUGAGCUUCAUUGUCGGUGAGAUUCUUCAACCCCAGCUGAGCUUGUCUUUAUGGCCGAAGUUCGAUUCCGAACCAGACGACAGGGAAACACGUCUACUUCUGAUCGCCGAUCCCCACGUGGAAGGUUAUAAACCGGAUUUAUUCUGGUUAAACUACAUACUACAAUGGGAUAGCGAUCGUUAUCUUGAAACGUAUUUCCAGCAAGCUUUGACACGAAUAAAACCAAAUGGAUUUCUUAUCCUCGGUGACCUGUUCGAUCGCGGGUUCGAGGCCUAUCCGAGCGAGUUCGAUCAAACUUGCAAACGAUUUCGUCGGAUUUAUUUCGGUCGACAUUCUCUACCGUACUUACUUAUCCCCGGUGAUAACGAUGUCGAUCUAGUGGAAGGUGGACCAACAGAUCCAUUCUCUGUGACACGAUUCAUUGACUGUGUUGGUCAGCAGGCAGAGUACGUGCCAAUUCAUUUCGCCCAGAUAAAAGCGAUUCCUAGAGGUGCAUAUAAACCGGCCCAGACACAUUCGUUUAUGUUGUCGCGAUCGAGCGGUCGAUAUCUAGUCCUGGCUACACAUGAACCAAUCAAUAUGCUCGAAAACGCCCAACUGAAUGCGGCUCUGAAAGUGGAGUCUCCUUGCGUGUUCGUCAGUGGACAUCAUCAUCACGUGAGUGGAGCGUUUAUUUUUUCUGUUUCGAUUCGGUUCUCCAAUAAUCCCGAAUUUGCACGAUAA